CUCUCUCGAUGUGGGAGUCAAAUGUCAACCUGCUGAAGGUUCGUACAGAGAGGGUGACAUUCGUCUGGUGGGAGGACCUCACAACUGGGAGGGUAGAGUGGAGAUAUUCUGGAAAGGAACAUGGGGAACUAUCAGUGACCCUCAGUGGACUGUCAGUGAUGCCAGAGUUGUUUGUAAACAGUUACAACAUGCUUCUGGAAGUGGUGAGGCAGUCUCCUGCUGUAGCUCAUAUGGAAAAGGAACUGAUACCAUUCACAUCCGAGAUGUGGGCUGCUCAGGAACUGAAGAAAAUGUAACGGCGUGUAGGUACUAUAAUGUCACAGGGCCCAGAAGCCACGACUAUGAUGGUGGGAGUCCAAUGUCAACAAGGAAAUGAGGCAAGAGAAGGUGAAAUUCGCCUCAAUAGAAGCUAUGGUGGCAACUUGUGGCAGGGAAGAGUUGAAAUAUUCCUGUCUGGUGAAUGGGGCACUGUUUGUGAUGAUGGAGCUGGUAGCAAUGAUGCUCGAGUUGUCUGUCGUCAACUGGGAUACAAUGUAAUAGUUCAUCUUCUCGUUGUUGUGCUAAUUAUGGACAAGGAACUGGUCCAAUUCACUUUGAAUAUCUUGUCUGCACUGGCUCUGAAUACAGACUGAAUGACUGUGUGAAUCAAACAGCGUCUUGUGGGCACUAUGAGGACUGGGGUGUAUACUGCUACAUAGAUGGACCACAACCUCUUGAGGUCCUGUUGAGCUAUAUACGUUAUGGAUAUGCCCAAGUCUUCUUGUCUGGUGUCUGGGUGCCCAUUGCUGACAGCUGGGGGACAUGGGGAAUGGAUAACUCUGAAGUAGUGUGCAGACAACUCGGCUACAAUGGUACUGUGCCAAUUUCUUAUAACCACUAUUCAAUCGGCAGAAUUGUAGAAACUAUGGACAAUGUGGUGUGCAGUGGUAAUGAAUAUCAGCUGAGUGAUUGCUACUAUGAUGUCCAUGUUGCCGUGAUAGACGACAUACCGAGAACAGACUGUGCAUAUUAUGGCUGUUCAACUGGAGAAAUCAGACUAAUAGGAGGAGAGUCAGAGGGAGAAGGGAGGCUUGAGGUGUGCAAUAAUAGGAGAUGGGGAAGUGUAUGUGGGACUCAAUGGACAAACAGACACACAGCAGUGGUCUGUAGGUAUCUCGGAUUCAGUGACCUCCCCACUGAUCUAACCUACUAUUCUCCUGAGAAGUAUGGUAAAGGCAGUGGGCCUGUGUUCAUGGACUUUGUCAACUGCACUGGUGAUGAAUGGAAUCUAUGGGGUAGCUGUACUUACUGGACCCACUACUAUGGAUGUUCACAUGAUGACGAUAUUGGAGUACAAUGUGCACCAGCCCGCUGUUCUGAUGGGCAGCUGAGACUAGCUGAGGGAUCAGUUGCAUAUUAUGGACGUGUUGAGAUCUGCUCCGAUCAGAGAUGGAACACACUGUCGAACGCCCAGUGGUCCUAUUCCAAUGCAAGGAUCGCUUGCAUUGAGCUAGGCUUUCAAUGUAAAAACUCUUUGAUAUUUAAUUCAUAUGGGAACAGUGGAGGACCAAGACAUUCAAAGUACUUUAGCUGUGCUGGGUCAGUACUUAGACUCUCUCAGUGUCAAAGCUAUAACUACACAUAUACAAGAUCAUACAGUUCUGAUAUUGGGGUGUAUUGCCAUCGAGAUAACUGUGUUAAUGGUCAGAUAAGGCUAAUUGAAGGAGAAGAUCAAUUAGAAGGAAGACUGGAAGUCUGCUACAAUAGGAGAUGGGGAAAUGUUGGCGGUGACGAAUGGACUGAGACUAACUCUCGUGUUGUUUGCAACUCUCUUGGAUAUGACCUUUCUAAUGAGUCAACUAACCUUUCCAUACCAACGGCCCCGUCAAAACCAUUGUACUAUCACAGUGUCAAAUGCUCACGUCGGGACCUGUCACUGGAAGAGUGUGGAUUUACGAGAUACACGGACUUAACAAAGACGUACCCUCAUACAGUUGUCAAGUGCCGAGAGUCUCAAUGCAAAGACGGAGAUCUAAAACUGGUUGGAGGAGCUACAGAGAGUGAAGGAAGACUUGAGGUCUGUUUUGGGAAGAGAUGGGGAACCAUAGAUGGACAUGGAUGGACACACACUGACACUCAAGUUGCCUGUAGACAACUUGGACACUCCACUGAAGAUGUCUCGUACACAAAACACCUGAGGACCAGAUCCCUAUCCAGCAGGUCUCUACCAACGUUCAUGACGCUGGUAGGCUGCUACGGCUCAGAAGAUCAACUAACCGACUGUUCCUAUCACGAGUUUGAGUCUUCUUCCAGUACUAUCUCCUCCAUGGAUAUCAGUAUCAGCUGUGAUAGGAAAGACAAUGGUACUGGUACCAUGGGCAGUCCAACUGAUACCAAUGAUGAUGGAACUGGUGGGAGCAGCGAAAGCUCCAGUGGUAUGGUAUAUGCAAGUCUGUCAGUGUCUGCUCUACUUGCCGUGGUGGUGAUUGCUCUUGUCGCAGUUCUGAUUGUGGUCUGGCUAAGGAAAAAGAGCAGAGGAAGCUCUUCUGGGAUUCAUUUUAGUAACAAAAACGAGACAGUCUCUCUGGACAACAAGCUGGCGGGAGAAGACCUCCCAACCGAGAGUUUCGAACAAAUGAAAGCCACAAACCCUGUUCCACUUCCGCCAAGAUCGCAGCUGAGACAAGCUCCGACCGACAAUGUGAGCACCAUGUCGCCUCAGAAGGUGGAUUUGAGUCGCUAUGCACAAAGUGGUGGCAACUCCCGAGCUGACGCUGGUCCAAAGACUCUCCCCCACGUCCUACCGAGGAGGGGACGCCAGCGACCUCCCGCGGAGGAGGACAUUUACGAGUGUCCCGACUGAUUGAGAACAACAGCACUAUGGACUGACUUUGACAGUGAUGUAAUGAUAACUGCAUGCCGUAAAAAUUCCUUAUAUACUUUGUCAUUAGGUACUUAGCUAAUGCAAGCUAACUACAGUUGUUGCUUCUGUACUCAUUAUCCUUUG